GGUAGGGCUAAGACUAACUGUGCGUGUUCACUGCAGCGACGCGAAUCGCUUGCCUUCCCACAGUGCACCACGCUCUGGGGUAUGCCAGAUAGAUGAAUAUAGAGUUGUAGUUCUCUAGAGUCACUGUUGUAGUUCGUAUAACGUCAUGGCAACAUGUGCAGACUUGGGUUUAUGUACUCGCAAUAUCGAUCAAAAUACAACUUUUACACACGUGUAGCAAAAAUCAGAUUCACUGGCUAGAUGUUGCACGAUUUUGUCUACUUCACACAAUACCCAGAUUUUCCCAGUAAGAUUGUAAAUAAUUGUAUGCAUAGGCCUAGCUGGAUUUUGAUAACCACACCCUGUAUUCAGAACCAACAAAUUACAUUCCCUCCUGCUCUUUUAUAUAUUUAUACCAAUGUAUUCCACAUUGGUAUAAAUAUAGAAACAGUCCAAUACUGUUUCAUUCAUCAUGAAUAACAUUCAGAGGGUUGCUUUCAUCGCCCUGCUCUACUGCCGGAGAAGACGUCGCCGACUCUUCUGGGUUCAUCCCAUUCGCCGUUUGCGGACAAACAACGGAGCUUAUCACCGGCUGGUUCAGGAGCUGCGACUGGACAACGACAUGUUUCAGCGGUAUUUCAGGCUGAACCGGGCCGAGUUCGAUGACCUGCUGACCAGAGUGCGACCCCGGAUAGCGAGGCUAAACACCUCGUUCAUCGAGGCGAUCAGCCCAGCUGAACGCCUCGCUAUUUGUCUACGAUACCUUGCCAAGGGGGAUUCGUUCAUGUCAAUCAGCUUCAGCUAUCGGGUGGGCUCAUGUACUGUGGCACGUAUUGUUGGGGCUGUGUCUAAAGCCAUUUGGGACUGCCUGGUAGAGGAGUUCCUUCCUGUGCCGACCAAGCAGGACUGGAGGGCCAUUGCUGAAGGCUUCCUUCAGAGGUGGAACUUCCCAAACUGCCUGGGCUCCAUCGAUGGCAAGCAUGUAGUCAUCCAGGCCCCUCAUAACUCAGGGUCACUGUACCACAAUUACAAGGGGACAUUCUCCAUCGUUCUCCUUGCGGUUGUGGACACCGACUCCAUGUUCCGGGUCAUUGAUGUCGGUGGGUAUGGACAGAACAGUGACGGCGGGACCCUGGGGAACUCUGCAUUUAGUGAGGCCCUGAAGUAUGGAGAUCCCUUGGCACCUCUCCUGGACAUCUCGAUGUAGUUGUGGAGGAUGCAGGUGGCCCCCUGGACCUCCCAGAGAACUGCAUCGUCCCUGAAGCCACGUGGACCACUGCCACACGUCUUUGUGGGUGAUGAGGCCUUUCCUCUGCGGAGCAAACUCCUGCGCCCCUUCCCUGGGACACACCUGUCCAAGGAAAAGAGGAUGUUCAAUUACCGCCUCAGCCGUGCCAGGUUGACAAUAGAGUGUGCCUUUGGCAUACUCUCCAGCCAGUGGAGAAUGUAUCGGCGUGUCAUUGGUGUCAACCCGGCAAAAGCAGAGGCGUGUGUGAAGGCCACCUGCAUCCUCCACAACUACAUCGGAAUGUCCAGGAGAGGUGCCAGGGGAUCUCCAGCAGCCAAUCCUGGCCAGGAGGGGUCAGCAGGUCCCCAGGAGAGAUUUUUUGCAAAGCCAAUCUAGCGCUCCGUAAACCAAUAGGUGCGUUUGACAUCGGCUGCGGCUUCAUGAAACGACCAAAGAGAGUUGCCACUUGCAGUUGGGGAGGAGUUAUAAACGGCUCUGUAAAGUCGGAAAUGUUGUCAUUUUAUGUAUUGGGCUAUGAUAAAUUCUUUCUCCAAUCUGUAGAAUGCAGCCGGCUGCGGCGCUGCAUGGAGUCGAAUACACCUAAUGUCUAAUCACGAGAUAUUCCCUGCACCAAGCAGCUUAGUUUCUAGAUGUAGACGGUUACAGAGGACAGAGGCCCCAUCCACACCAGCCCGAGUACAUUUAGAAAAGCAUACAUAUGAACUCUGAAAACGGAGCUUUUCGAAUACGCUCCCCUAGCCAGAGACAUUUGAAAACCCUGGGUUCGCGUAGUGGUGUGGACGGGG